AUGGCGAUGAUUAAGCAAAGAAGGAAAAGAAGCGGAUUUGCACUCGUUUUCAUCCUCCUAAUUGGGCUCCAGUUCGGGUUGUUUUUCGGGUUCAGUGAGGCGGGUAAGGGCAGAAUCCACAUCACCGACGACCUCGACGACGUCGUCGACGACGAGGAGGAUGACGAGUGGAGGGAAUGGGGCAAGAAGAAAUCACCCGAUUUUGAUCCGCCGCCCGAACCCGAAGAAUUUUCCAAGAUGGAUGUUGCGGAGAUGCAGGCCGAAAUGCUCAAGCGCCAAACGGGUCCUGUUUUCGGGUUUGCUAAGCUCCGACUUGGCACUCGUCGGACCUCUGAAAUGGUGUCUGAACUUGCGAUGAAAUGGACGAAUUUGGCGAAGACGGGAGGAGUUCAGGCGCAUUUCAUGGGCUUUGAUGUCAGUACUAUCAUGUUCACCAUGGAAAAAGGCCAAGACACCAUUGAGUUGAAGGAGUUUAUAUUAAGCCAACCAGAUGCAUACGAAAUCAAGAUAGGGGAUCAGUUUUUCCGAAGGCCUGGGGAUCCUCCAUUUGAUCAAGUAUUCGAUGAGCAUCAGAGUGUGAAAAGUGGAGGAGAUCAGGACAAACACACUGAACUGUAA